GGAGACUCCGCAGCCCGCAGCCUGCAGCCCGGCGCCAGAGCGGAGACUUCGACAGUUGAGCAGAACAGUAACCUCGCCGCGUUCCUGCUGGGCGACUGCUGGUGCCGUCAGACAAGUGGGGCCGUGGCUUGGGGGCACGGCGCUUGGUUCUGUCUACGAGGGCGGGUUCCUGGAUUCCUGGGACACACGGAAGGACGUCUCGUUCUCGCAUCACAGCCCGUUCUCGCCCGAGCGCUCAGGUGGCCGGCAGCAUGGGCGACCCGCCGACCCGCUGAGACAUGCUGCUGCUGCUGCUGCUGCUGGGGGCGGGCUGGGGGCGGGCCCCGGUGGCGGCCGACGACGUGCCGGCGGACUCCCGGGGGCGGAACGCGAGCGGCGGGCCCCUGCCGUCCCUCUACGUCAUGGAGCCGCCUCCCGCGCCCGACGAGGAAGACGCUGCUUCGCCGUGCCCGUACGGCGUGGAGGCGCUGGACUUCCUGCACAACCUCAGCGACGCCCGCCUGCUGGAGGAGGAGUGGCCCUGCGAGGUGCGGGUGUACUGGGCCGAGCAGCUGCGACCCCUGGUGGCCAUCGUGCGCUCCCUGCUCAGCUACUGCGCCCCGUUCAUGGUCGUGCUGGGCCUGACGGUGAACAGCAUGGCAUUCACGGUGCUGAGCACGUCAGCGCUGAGCGGCUCGUCGCUGUCCGUGUACCUGCGCGCGCUCGCCGUCACCGACAACUGCGCGCUCGUCUUCAACGUGGCCGUGUCUUUCGCGCGUGCGCACUUGGACAGCCUCGCCAAGCUCUUCCUGGCACACGAGUGGCUGUGCGCGCUGAACAAAGUGCUGUUGGGCAUGUCGUUCUACUACUCGACGUGGCUGGUGGUGUCGCUGACAUGGGAGCGGCUGGCCACCAUCACCUACCCGCUCACAUUGGGCGUGUGGUGCAGCAAAAAGGUUGCCUUGAUGGUCGUCUGCACGCUUGGUGUGCUCUUCUUCAUGGUCGGCGUCAUACGGGUCAAGUACUCAGGGUUCGAGCAGGACAGCGUGUUCGAGUUCGAGCCGUGCAAGGUGCACACGGCGCUGCACAUGACCUUGGCCAUGUACGGCUACCUGGUGCUGUCCUUGUGGCUGCCGCUGGUGCUGAUCGUGGUGGGGAACCUGUGCCUGGUGGCCACGCUGCGCCGCUCGGCGCGCACCAGGUCCGAGCUCACAGCCAAGAAGGACCGCGACACCCUGAGGCUGACGCGCAUGCUGCUGAUGGUGUCGGUGGGCUACGUGGUGCUGCUGCUGCCGCUGGGCAUAGUCGCCACGCUGGAGCUCUUCUGGAAUACCUCCGUGAAGCGCGACUCCCUCCAGAGGGGCAGCACCCUCUACAGCCACUGGUUGAAAGGGAAGCUGCUGUUGAAGUGGGUGCGAGGCGCGUGCUACUUCAUCUACCUGUUCAACUUCUGCAUCAACUUCUUCCUGUACUGCAUGUCCGGCCGGAAGUUCCGCAGGGCCGCGACGCAGCACUUCCAGCGGAGGCUGUCGCAGCCGCUGAGCCGCCUGUACAAGUCCUCGCCGUCGUCGUCGUCGGAGCAAGCGGACAGCCCGCGCAAGGCGUCCAACCCGGCGCUCGCCCACGUCAACGAAGCCUUCCUGGCGGACGAGGUCCCGGCCGUCGAGGCUGGCUGCGGACGUCCAGCUGCCUCCGUGGAACCGGAGAACCGCUGUCCUAGCAGCCCAACGGCAGAUGAAGGACACCAACCCACGUCAUCAGCAACACCAUCCUAGGCAUCCAAGUAGAUUCCAGACGUCCAAGUAGACCUGCAGGCUAAGAUGAUCGUAAAUCUGGCAACCGCGUGGGACCGGAAAACCGCUAUCCUUGCAGCCCAACGGCAGAUGAAGGAUACCAACCCACGUCAUCAGUAACGCCAUCCUAGGCAUCCAAGUAGAUUCCAGACGUCCAAGUAGACCUGCAGGCUAAGAUGAUCGUAAAUCUGGCAACCGCGUGGGACCGGAAAACCGCUAUCCUUGCAGCCCAACGGCAGAUGAAGGAUACCAACCCACGUCAUCAGCAACGCCAUCCUAGGCAUCCAAGUAGAUUCCAGACGUCCAAGUAGAUCUGCAGGCUAAGAUGAUUGUAAAUCUUGCGACCGAACUCUCAGUGAAAGUCGUCCAGACUCAGACAAGGCCACGUUAACAACAACGCCUUUCCAAGUAGACGACCGGGCUGGGAGAAUGUGCUUCCCCUACGGGGCCUGUGUGGGCUACUUGUGGACAGACAGUCGAUGAAAGGCAGACAGCCUUCGUAGCCCAUGUGGUACCGAACCGAUCCCAUUGACUACGUCGGUUUGUGGAGAACAGUUACCCCUUCAACUCAGAAGAUCAUCAAACAUUGCAGGCAGACGGUCAGAACACUCACAUUAACCACACUUUGCAGUCGACGAAGGAAUCAAACCGAUUUAAGCCAGCGAGUAUGUUCUGGUUGGGUCAGCUAAACGUAUUGACCAUAAGAAGCUUAAUCCUGACAAGUUAAACGACCUUUGUCGACACGAAAUUCCUUUGCUCGGAAAUGUACUCUCUCUGAGUUAAGCCAAGCAUAGUUCAAGCAGGGCAAGGAUUUACGAUACAGCGUGAAUCUACACCUUCUAACUUCAUGAUUGUAGAGAUAAUAUUGCCCCAAUCUGGUUCUUCGAUGAUAGCUCCGUUCUCCAAUAACUAGCCAGGACCUGAAAUCCUCAGGAAGACAGCCGACGAAAAAAUUCUGUCUCGGGCUGUGAAAAGUCACGUAAACACCUUCGAAGCCUAUGAGAUAUCCCUCUUGACACCAUUUUACAAAUCUGCUCAUGAAAAACAUUUAUAGAAUCAAUUCGAAAUGAUAGGCAUACUUACGAGAGAAACAGACAAUUUCGAAAUAUUUUUUUUUGGUUGAAAUAUCUUGUAAUGGAAGUGUAUCACAAGUGAAUUUUUAAACUAAAAUGCGAUGGUGUCACUGCAAUGCAAUGACGUCAGUACAACAUUUAUCUACGAGUUAGUCUCAAGAAUUAUAUCACGCAUUCUUGGUCACUUGCAUCACUUGAUCUCCUUUUUAUAUACUGAUUAUUUUAAGUGAAUUAUGGACUUUUUAUGAUAGGUAGGGUAUGAGAGGAAUGCCAAGAAUGUAGGUACUAAAAAUCUGAAGAAACUGUAAAGGCAUGUGUAAUGUUUGAAUUAAUGGCCAUUGAAUUAUCUUCAUUGGGUUCUUUUGUACAAGAAUUAUAAAUUACAUUAAAGUUACAUUUAAAUGCAUACAGUUAAGUUAUGCAUUAUGCCAGUGGCAGUGAUUCGUAACAAAAUUAUUCUAUUUUAUUAGAAGAUGGAGAAUCAGGAAUAGUAGAAAGCUUUGCAGAGUCAUUUAUGCGAACUAUAUGACAGAAUGGUCGAUGUCAGCCAUUAAUGCGUGAGAAUUUUUGGAUAAUGUUUUUAUUAUUUUUAAGUUGGAAUGUGAUCUUGAUCGGUCAAGAAAUAUCUUUUACUGAGAGACUUUGAAUGAAGUUUGUGAUUUAUGUGCAUCAGUAAUCAAAAGAACAUGCUUUUAAAAAUACCAAAGAUGUGGUGCUAUUAAAAUUAAUUGCAUCUUUCUAUAUGUCAGUAUUACGAGUCAUGUGAAUAAUAAAUACCUAAGAUAUUCUAGCAGAGGAAGAUUGGAUUUAUCUUAUUUGGAUGUAGUAUAUUGAGUGUAUGACUUCUUGUAUUGUCACAGUCUGUUUUUUAUAUCAUUCAGUAGUUCUUGAACAUUGCAAAGACGGUUGGUUAUCGGGUUGACAUGUAGUGAUAAUGUACCAAUUACCUUCAACCAUUUAUUGUUUUUAUGAGAUAUGUGUUUUAUAAAUUUAUUUAAAAUAUCGCCCAAUAUCAACAAAAUUGCUUUUUAAAAUUGUUAACUAGGCUUUGGCAUUUACUAGUAUUGUUAAUAUUAUGGAAUAUUAUAUUACUCUGUUGAUGUAGAGUUUUAAAUUAAUAAUGUAUUUUAUAUUUAAAAACGUUUUCACAACAAAGAAAAUAACUUUGAAAUUAAUGUACAAAACCCCCCUCAAUUUUGAAUAACAAAAACUUUAUUUUUGUAAUCAUAUUGAUCAACUAUAUCAUAUUUUUGUAUAAACAUAUGAGUUGGCCUGUUGAACAUUGUUACAGCAGUGUGAGCUUACUGCCAAAAGAGCCACAAAUUAUUGAAGCAGUAGACUUUCUUACAUUCAGUUUUUUAUUGCGGCAUCCGAGUGAUGUUUAUUAUCAUUGGAAUUUUCCAUAAAAUAAAUAAAUAAAUUACCAAUUCAUAAUUUGUAAUGAUUUUACUCUGUGUUUUCGUUAAGCCUACUCUUUGCAACUUAAAUAUAUGGAUUAGGUUCCAUGAAAUAAU